UAGAGAAAGAACCCAUUUCCCCAAUCAUGCGAAGAACCAGAGGUUUCAAAUUGAAAAUCAAGCUCCUCAACAUCUUCAAAUCCACACCCAAUUUCAACUUCAACCUUCCCCCAUCCUCCAAUCCCUUCUCCAACCUCUUCUCCCUCGCCACCGCUUCCUUUUCUCGCCGCCUCGGCUACGGCCGCUUGGAACGCCGUCGCUCCCCUCCGCCUCCACCGCCCAAAGGCUAUCUCGCCGUCCACGUCGGCGGACCCGAGGAUCAAACGGAGACCCAUCUUGUCCCCGUCAUUUACUUCAACCAUCCCAUGUUUGGGAAAUUGCUGCAGGCGGCCGAGAGGAUUUAUGGGUUUGAUUAUCCUGGUCGGAUCGUCAUUCCGGUUGGGGUCUCGGAGUUUGAGGAGGUUAGGAAUUGCAUUGCUGCGGCCGAGCACAGUCGAUCCAGGCGGCGGACUGGCGGCUGCCGGCGCCGGCUCUGGGGAAAGUAGAGUGUGUUCAAAGUGAUCACUGGCAGUGACUGAAAAGAAGUGGUCAAAUUGGCUUCCGCUAUUGCCUUUUUU